GCCCUUCCUGUGUUGAUGUUCCACAAGCGCAUUUUAGCCGAGACCUCUUUAUGACUAAUAUGGAUCAAAUAGUUAAAAGGCUCAUAGCGAUUUGGAAGUUCUCAGCAGAUCGUGUACUUUUACCUUGUGCCUUCUCUUUAAUUUGUAUAAUAGGAUCAUAUUUAAAAGAACAAGACCUCGUCCCGAAGUCAUAUUUCAGUGACACCAAAAAUGUUCUCAACUUAUACUUCGUGAAAGUGUCAUGGGGUUGGACCUUAUUUUUGCUGGUGCCCUUUGUGAUCCUCUCCAAUUCAUUGAAAUCGCCGUCCGUGUUUGUGUUGCGGCGGCUCUGUGCUCUUGUGGUGGCCACAGCUGUCUGGUACAUCUGUGUCAACACCUUCGAUCUCAUUGAGGAGGCUACAGGGUCGUGCUAUGAAACCAGCACCAAGGAGGUCAUCCAUGGAGAGCUGACCAGUAAAGGCAUCUGUAGGAAAAAAGGCUUUGUCUGGGAUGGCUAUGACAUAUCUGGACAUAGUUUCAUUCUGUCCUACUCUGCCCUCAUCAUCAGUGAGGAAAUGGCAUCCAUGGUGGAGGAUGCGCCUGGGUUCAGGAAACCGCUACUUAAUGGACUGUAUCUGUCAAUGUCCAUCAUAGUGUACCUCUGGUUGUUUAUGUUUGCCAGCACUUCUGUGUACUUCCACAGCCCAAUGGACAAGUUUGUGGGGACUGGCUGUGGACUACUGGGCUGGUACCUCACAUAUCGGGUCUGGUACCGAAAUCCCCUAUCACCAGGACUUCCCUCUAAGAGACAGGUCAAGCAUCAUGCCUGAGAAACAUAAGCUCACUAACACGCACUUAUAUAACUACUGCAUUACAAUAUCAGACAAAUGGAAUGCACUGAAGAAACAAUCUCCCUCCACCAUUGUACUUUGCUAGGGUCCACUUUGUGUCUUUGUAAGUUUGUUAAAUCCUGUUGAAAUGCCAUUCUAAAUGGAAGGGGUGCCUCAAGGGUACCAACAUGACAGUAGGCAGCUGAGGUACCUAAAAAAACCCACAAGUGUAAUCCAAGUGGCUUGUGGUGUUCCCUUCCAUUGGUCACCAGUGGCACUGACUUGGGUCAUUGUUGCCUUCAGGUCAUGUGUUUACAUUCAGAGGUAACACAUUAGCCAGUUCAGGGUGACUGUGCAUUUGUUUUGAUCUCAGUAAUUCCACAAGAAAUGUGUCGGGAGGAUUUAUUGUAGACUGUCUUACGCCAUCAGUGGAUCAGUAACUAAUUCUGUUCUGAUCCAUGGAGUCAGUACUGUACACGACUGGAAGAUUUUACUCUUUCUGUUGACAAAAGAAUUGCAAGUAAUAGAACAUCCAAAUGGUCUGUUUUUUUUGUUUGUUUUUUCCCAACAAAUUAAAAUGUUAGGAUGUACAGUAUAGUUAUAGAUUCAGACAUAGCACUACACAGGAAUAUGAUUUGUGCCAACUUUAUCUGUUUUAAUUGUAAUUAUUUAUUAUGUCUGAUAGAUAUGGGAAUUGAUUAAACUCAGUAGAGCUUACUGUAAAACA